AGGGGGGGGGUGAGAGCUGGGAGCCUCACCCAGGCUGGGUUGGUGGCGCUGUGUGUCCCGAGCGGAGGAGGACAAGCGGGAGGCGGCGGGGAUCCCAGGCAGCGCCCGGGCCCAUCCAGAAGAGGGAGGACAGCGGGGUGUGGAGUUGUUAAAUUCAAGCCUGCACCAUGCGUGAAUACAAGCUGGUUGUCCUUGGGUCAGGUGGUGUUGGGAAGUCUGCACUGACUGUCCAGUUUGUCCAGGGAAUUUUUGUUGAAAAAUAUGACCCCACAAUAGAAGAUUCUUACAGAAAGCAAGUUGAAGUUGACGGUCAACAAUGUAUGCUCGAAAUUUUAGACACGGCAGGAACGGAACAAUUCACAGCAAUGCGGGAUCUUUAUAUGAAGAAUGGACAAGGCUUUGCAUUAGUGUAUUCCAUAACUGCACAGUCUACAUUUAAUGAUUUACAGGACCUCAGAGAACAGAUCCUCCGAGUCAAAGACACUGAUGAUGUGCCAAUGAUUUUGGUUGGGAACAAAUGUGACUUGGAAGAUGAAAGAGUUGUUGGCAAGGAACAGGGGCAGAAUCUAGCAAGACAGUGGAACAAUUGUGCAUUCCUGGAGUCUUCUGCCAAGUCCAAGAUUAAUGUCAACGAGAUUUUUUAUGAUCUUGUGCGGCAAAUUAACAGAAAAACUCCUGUACCGGGCAAGGCACGCAAAAAGUCAACAUGCCGACUGCUUUAAUACACAGAUGUGCUGUAUCUCUGAGCCAGGUCUGAAGAACUGUUGUCUAACAACAGUGCCAGCAUUCCAACUCAAAUUAUCCUGUCAACAACUCCAAUGGACUUUCCUGUGGUGGUACCCUUUACAAUAUGGAUGGAAGUUGCAAGCUCAGAUUGUGCACCAUCAGAUCCCCUUCUUAAGUCACAAGAAAGAUGCCUGCUUUGAGAUGUUCUUCACAUAUGCAACUGGGAACAACGGAGCCAACAUCCAGUAUUACUGCUAACAGAGACAUUGUUCACUCAGCAAUGUUUUCACGUGUCCUAAAACGUGUACUGUAUUCUUUCACAAGCCCUUCCUUUCUAUCGGAGUGUACAAUGAAAAGCACCACUAUUUUAGCUUACUAAACAAGAAAGUCCAAAGAGCUCCUUUAUAGACUACUCCCGAUGACCUUGCAUCUUUGGUAUUUGUAGCUUCUUGUAACUAUUUUUUUCCUUCCUUUAAAGAAAUACAAGAGCAACAUCUAUUGUGUUGUACAAAGUGCUUCUCACAACUAUGAUUUUUGCCUUCCUCCUUUCUUCCUUCCUUCAUUCAUUUUAAGGGAAUCCUGUGGAGACUCGUAUUGCACCCUUCUGGAGGCAAGGGAGUCAUGAUAAUAAAUUUCAGUGUGUCUUGGUUGAACAUUCUGCCUUUAAUAUCUCUUUGAAGGGACAUUCAUAAGUUCUUUUUGUUUCCAUUUCCCCUCCCUGUUUACAUAGGGACAAAUGUUUAUAGAUGUGUAUACAGUGGGGGUCUACAACAAGAAGUGUAUAUUUUAAGAGUUCUUUUUUUAAUGAUUUAUCAAUAUUUUGUAAAUCAUUUCCAGGCUUCUGCAGCUGUAGAUUCUCACUGUGAGCCCGUGUCUUUCCCCCUUGCUUGCUCAUGCAUAUGUGUAUUUGCAAUACCAAAUAAUACAGAUUUAGUACCUUACCUGUCAGUGGUUGUUUUCCAUGUGUAUUGUUUUGGUUGCGUUGUUAAAUGGUGGAAGAGUCCAGUGGAUGUGAAUGUGGGACGUGAUUUUAAUCCUGUGUUAUCGGUCACAAGGCCUGCGUUGCGGUUAUAUUUUUUGCUAGUUUAUUUAUCAAUGCCUUGUUGCUUUGUAUGCAUUACGUUUGGGUGUAAAAAUUGUGUAUAUAUCCAGCAGGGAACCACAGUAAUUCAAUUGACCAACCUAAUGCUACAACUGCUUUAUGGUGGCCAAAUGUAAACUUAAAAGCCUUAAAUAAAGUGGUGCAAUUUUGUAUAACUUAGCAUCAGUUUAAUAAAUUUGCAUUGCCAUGCAAGGGCUCUCAUGAGUAUCUGCCACUUUAGUUCUUGCUACUAACAGCACUUCUAACUCUGGCAUCACUUAAGUGCACCGUAUAAACACUCUGCAGCCUCCCCCUCUUAUGUGCCAAUUCGGAAUAAUGUUGUAUUGGGCCCUCAAGUCAAACAGGCGAUUCUACAAAAUGAUACGUGAACAUUUUGCGAAAGUCAGUUCAGUUUUUUUUUUGUUCUGGAAGAUAAGUAUAGCAGUAUGAAAAAUGCAGCGCUUCUUAGAAACAUCACAAAUAUGAAAGCGUCAACAUUUUAAUGAAUUUCUUGAGUUGACUUGCAGGUGUUUUUGUUCACAUUGUGCAUUAAAGGUUAAUUAUCUCAUCA